GGACACGUGGCAGCAGCAGCAGUAGCAGCCCCGGCGGCGGCGGCGGCGGCAGAAGGCAUCGGCCCGAGCCGCCUGCCGUCUUCCCUCCUUCCCGCCUUGCGGCAGCCCUAGCUCCUUCCUCUUCGCUCCCCCGGCCGCGCUUGCUUGGCCGGGAGCCGCUCUCUUUUCUCUCUCAUUCUCUGAAAAAAAGACCCGGCGCGGGGCGCAGACCACCGCCGCUAUGGGGAAGGGGGUUGGACGUGAUAAAUAUGAACCGGCUGCUGUUUCAGAGCAUGGCGACAAAAAAAAGGCCAAGAAAGAGAGGGAUAUGGACGAGCUGAAGAAAGAAGUUUCUAUGGAUGAUCAUAAACUUAGCCUUGAUGAACUUCAUCGCAAAUAUGGAACAGACUUGAACCGAGGCUUAACAACUGCUCGAGCUGCUGAGAUCCUAGCCAGAGAUGGACCCAAUGCCCUCACGCCCCCUCCCACAACCCCUGAAUGGGUCAAGUUCUGUCGACAGCUGUUUGGGGGGUUCUCAAUGUUACUGUGGAUUGGAGCAGUUCUUUGCUUCUUGGCCUAUGGCAUCCAAGCUGCUACAGAAGAGGAACCUCAAAAUGAUAAUCUGUACCUUGGUGUGGUGCUGUCUGCCGUCGUCAUCAUAACCGGGUGUUUCUCCUACUAUCAAGAAGCUAAAAGCUCCAAGAUCAUGGAGUCCUUCAAAAACAUGGUUCCUCAGCAAGCUCUUGUGAUUCGAAAUGGUGAAAAAAUGAGCAUAAAUGCGGAAGAAGUUGUCGUCGGAGACCUGGUGGAAGUGAAAGGAGGGGAUCGAAUUCCUGCUGAUCUCAGGAUCAUUUCCGCGAAUGGCUGCAAGGUGGAUAACUCCUCACUCACGGGAGAAUCAGAGCCACAGACCAGGUCUCCGGAUUUCACCAAUGAAAAUCCUCUAGAGACACGGAACAUUGCCUUUUUUUCAACCAACUGUGUUGAAGGCACUGCACGUGGCAUUGUUGUGUACACCGGGGAUCGAACCGUGAUGGGCAGAAUUGCCACCCUGGCUUCUGGGCUGGAAGGGGGCCAGACUCCCAUCGCUGCGGAAAUUGAACAUUUUAUCCACAUCAUCACGGGUGUGGCUGUGUUCCUGGGCGUGUCUUUCUUCAUCCUUUCUCUGAUCCUUGAGUACACCUGGUUGGAGGCUGUCAUCUUCCUCAUCGGCAUCAUUGUAGCCAACGUGCCAGAGGGUUUGCUGGCCACCGUCACGGUGUGCCUGACCCUGACUGCCAAGCGCAUGGCCAGGAAGAACUGCUUAGUGAAGAACCUGGAGGCUGUGGAGACCUUGGGAUCCACGUCCACCAUCUGCUCAGACAAAACUGGAACUCUGACCCAGAACCGAAUGACAGUGGCCCACAUGUGGUUCGACAACCAAAUCCAUGAGGCGGACACAACAGAGAAUCAGAGCGGUGUUUCAUUUGACAAGACUUCGGCCACCUGGCUCGCUCUGUCCAGAAUUGCAGGUCUUUGUAACAGGGCCGUGUUUCAGGCUAACCAGGAUAACCUGCCUAUCCUGAAGCGGGCUGUAGCAGGUGAUGCAUCAGAGUCUGCGCUCCUGAAGUGCAUUGAGGUGUGCUGUGGUUCUGUGAAGGAGAUGAGAGAGAGAUAUGCCAAGAUCGUCGAGAUCCCGUUCAACUCCACCAACAAGUACCAGUUAUCCAUCCACAAGAAUGCCAAUGCAGGUGAGCCCCGGCACCUACUGGUGAUGAAAGGUGCUCCAGAGAGGAUCCUGGAUCGCUGCAGCUCCAUCCUCAUCCAUGGCAAGGAGCAGCCCCUGGACGAGGAGCUGAAGGACGCCUUUCAGAACGCCUACCUGGAGCUGGGUGGCCUGGGAGAACGUGUGCUGGGUUUCUGCCACUUGAUGCUGCCAGAUGAGCAGUUUCCUGAAGGCUUCCAGUUUGACACCGACGAUGUGAACUUCCCUGUUGAUAAUCUCUGCUUCGUGGGGCUCAUCUCCAUGAUUGACCCACCACGGGCUGCUGUCCCAGAUGCUGUGGGCAAAUGCCGAAGUGCUGGAAUCAAGGUCAUCAUGGUCACCGGAGACCAUCCCAUCACUGCCAAAGCCAUUGCCAAAGGUGUGGGCAUCAUCUCAGAAGGGAAUGAGACUGUAGAAGACAUUGCUGCCCGCCUCAACAUCCCAGUGAGCCAGGUGAAUCCCAGGGAUGCCAGGGCCUGCGUGGUGCAUGGAAGUGAUCUGAAGGACAUGACUCCCGAGCAACUGGAUGACAUUUUGAAGUACCACACGGAGAUUGUGUUCGCCAGGACCUCUCCGCAGCAGAAGCUCAUCAUUGUGGAAGGCUGCCAGAGACAGGGUGCCAUCGUGGCUGUAACUGGAGACGGUGUCAAUGACUCCCCGGCUUUGAAGAAGGCAGACAUUGGGGUUGCCAUGGGGAUUGCAGGCUCAGACGUGUCUAAGCAAGCUGCUGACAUGAUCCUCCUAGAUGACAACUUUGCUUCAAUUGUGACUGGAGUAGAGGAAGGUCGUCUGAUCUUUGAUAACUUGAAGAAAUCCAUUGCUUAUACCCUCACCAGUAACAUUCCUGAGAUUACCCCCUUCCUGAUAUUUAUUAUUGCAAACAUUCCACUCCCCCUGGGGACCGUCACCAUCCUCUGCAUCGACUUGGGGACGGACAUGGUCCCUGCUAUCUCCCUGGCUUAUGAGCAAGCUGAGAGCGACAUCAUGAAGAGACAGCCCAGAAACCCCCAGACAGACAAACUCGUGAACGAGCGGCUGAUCAGCAUGGCCUACGGACAGAUUGGUAUGAUCCAGGCCCUGGGGGGCUUCUUCACUUACUUUGUGAUCAUGGCUGAGAACGGCUUCCUCCCUAAUCACCUGCUGGGCAUCCGAGUGACCUGGGAUGACCGUUGGAUCAACGACGUGGAGGACAGCUAUGGGCAGCAGUGGACCUAUGAACAGAGGAAGAUCGUGGAGUUCACCUGCCACACAGCCUUCUUUGUCAGCAUCGUGGUGGUGCAGUGGGCUGACUUGGUCAUCUGCAAGACCAGGAGGAAUUCCGUCUUCCAGCAGGGGAUGAAGAACAAGAUCUUAAUAUUUGGCCUCUUUGAAGAGACAGCCCUUGCUGCUUUCCUUUCCUACUGCCCUGGAAUGGGUGUUGCCCUGAGGAUGUAUCCCCUCAAGCCUACCUGGUGGUUCUGUGCCUUCCCCUACUCGCUUCUCAUCUUCGUGUAUGAUGAAGUCCGGAAGCUCAUCAUCAGGCGACGCCCUGGCGGCUGGGUGGAGAAGGAGACCUACUACUAGCCCCUCCUGCACGCCGCGGAGCAUCGCGCCACAAGCUCUGCACCCACCACCCACCCCCUCUCUGUGUACUUCAGUCUUGGAAUUCAGAAUUCCACCCUGGUAGGAAAGCACCGAAGCAUGUGGGGAAGCGAGACGUCCCGGAAUGAAGCAUGUAGCUCUGUGGGGGGGGUGGGGGUGG